UUACAUUGUAUCAUGUGAGUGAAUUACUUUUAAGUGGCGGGGGAGAAGGCAUGAGUGCUAAUCAGCGGAGGGAUCUACUGUGAUCUGCAAAGUGAAACAUCACCCUGGAGAGAUUCUGAAUGUGAGUACUGCACUGUACUUUUGAUAGGCGCUCUUUUAUGAAACAUCCUCCCUGGGGGCGAAGAGGAGUCACACCGGAGGGAAGAGUCGAUACCGGAGAGGUUAAUAUACAGAGCGCUGAUAUGGAUGCAAACGAGGUCCAAGUGGGGGCAUUGCUGUUGCCCUGAGCAGGUUGCUUUUGAGCCCUGUCUGGACAAUCCAGCUCCGACGAGGCAGCAGGAGAGAUCAAGGGUUUGGAGAGAGGGCUCUGCUGAUUGCUGCCUGCCACGCUUCGCGGAGGGGGUUUAAGCUAUUUGCAAAAUAAUGCUGGAAAUAACUAGAAAGGGAGGAAGAGAAAGCGAUGAGGAGGUGAAAAUUCCCUGACUUUGAAUAAACAACCCGCAACGCGUCCAAAAUCAGUAUUGCUGUCUAAGUUUAAAAACUAGAGAUAGCAAUCCAGUAGUCAUGUCAGUCAGCGUCCAUGAAAACCGCAAAUCCCGAACGAGCACUGGUUCAAUGAACAUCUUGCUGUUCCACAAAGCCUCCCAUCCAGAUUGUGUCCUGUCUCACCUCAACACCAUGAGGAAGCACUGCAAGUUCACUGACGUCACCCUCUGGGCCGGGAACAAGUCCUUUCCAUGCCACCGGGCUGUGCUUGCAGCUGCCAGCAGGUACUUCGAAGCCAUGUUUAGCAACGGCCUCCGCGAGAGCUUGGGCGACAAGGUAAAUUUCCACGAUAGCCUGCACCCAGAGGUGUUGGAGCUGCUUUUGGACUAUGCUUACUCCUCCAAGAUCAUAAUUAACGAGGAGAAUGCAGAGUCCCUCCUGGAAGCCGGGGACAUGUUGCAGUUCCAGGACGUCAGGGAUGCAGCUGCUGAGUUCCUUGAGAAGAACCUGCACCCUUCCAACUGUCUGGGCAUGAUGGUCCUUUCAGAUGCUCACCAGUGCAAGAGGCUCUAUGAGCUUUCUUGGAGGAUGUGCUUGGUUAACUUUGAGACAGUCCACAGAAACGAAGAUUUCAAUAACCUCUCCAAGGACACCCUGCUGGACUUGAUUUCCAGCGACGAGCUGGAAAUUGAGGAUGAGGAGAAGGUCUUCAAGGCAGUCAUGCAGUGGGUGAAGCAUGACUUGGACAAGAGGAAGUCUUUCCUCCCGGAGAUGUUGAAGAACGUGCGACUGGCCUUGCUGCCUUCCGAGUGCCUGAAGGAAGCCAUGACCUACGAGGAACUGAUCAUGGCGGAAGACCAGAACAAGCAAAUCAUGGAUGAAGCUCUUUGGUGCAAAAAGAAGAUCCUGCAGAACGAUGGGGUGGUCACCAGCCCCUGUGCCAGGCCUCGGAAGGCUGGGCACACUUUGCUCAUCUUAGGGGGGCAGACGUUUAUGUGUGACAAGGUUUACCAAGUAGACCACAAGGCGAAAGAGAUCAUUCCCAAAGCCGACCUCCCCAGCCCUCGAAAAGAGUUCAGCGCCUGCGCCAUUGGCUGCAAAGUCUACAUCACUGGAGGCAGGGGCUCCGAAAAUGGGGUCUCCAAGGAUGUCUGGGUCUACGACACAGUGAACGAGGAGUGGUCCAAAGCUGCCCCGAUGCUCAUCGCUCGCUUUGGACAUGGCUCGGCCGAACUGGAAAACUGCCUCUACGUCGUCGGUGGACACACCGCUGUGGCCGGGGUCUUCCCAGCCUCUCCUUCUGUUUCGCUGAAGCAGGUGGAGAAGUACGACCCUCUCGCCAACAAGUGGACCAUGGUGGCCCCUCUGAGGGAUGGCGUCAGCAACGCGGCUGUCGUCAGCGCGAGGCUGAAGCUCUACGUCUUUGGUGGGACCAGCAUCCACCGCGAUAUGGUGUCCAAGGUCCAGUGCUACGACCCGGUGGAGAACCGGUGGACCAUCAAAGCCCAGUGCCCCCAGCCCUGGCGCUACACGGCGGGCGCUGUCUUGGGUAGCCAGAUCUUUAUCAUGGGUGGAGACACGGAGUACACGGCGGCCUCCGCCUACCGCUUUGACUGCGAAACGGACCAGUGGUCGCGGAUUGGGGACAUGACGGCCAAGCGGAUGUCCUGUCACGCUUUGGCUUCUGGGAACAAGCUUUAUGUGGUGGGCGGCUACUUUGGGACGCAGAGGUGCAAGACGCUGGAUUGUUACGACCCGACCUCAGACACCUGGAACUGCAUUACCACUGUGCCUUACUCUCUCAUCCCGACAGCAUUUGUUAGCACUUGGAAACACUUACCGGCUUGAGGCACACAGUCUGCAGGCAAGAACUGAGGAGCUUGAGGAGAUAGCGACACUGAAUUUGUAUGUCAGUAGUGAUACUGGAAUUUGCACAAGUGGCUACUGGUCUACCGCCUCCCACAGGGCUCAUUCCUCUCGCUGCCUCAGUAUGGGGAGGGGUGUCAGGCUGCUCCAAGAAGUAACCAGAUGGAUGGAUGGGGAGCCUGAGCAAAUCAUAUUGCUUCGCUCGAAGGUAAAGGGAGCACCGCACUGCGGACAUCCUUCGAUGGCAGCAGCUUUGCCAGCGCCACACGGGUGCCAUGUUGGCACCAGGCUGGGUUUGGAAGAGAGCCCAGUAAGUGAAGGGACUGAAAAGCCUCAGCGUCUUUCCUCAGACAAAGGAAGCCUUUCAAGGACUUCAGGAACUCGUCUCUCGGCAGCACCACAUGAUUGAAGCACAGGCACCUCUGCAAGGGCUAGAUUUGUGUUGAGUCGUUUUGGGAAAAAAGAAGCACGUCUUUCUUUGUACUACUUUGAUGGUUCCCCUGGAGUUCUGACAAUUUUAAUAAAAGCUCUUUGGGAAGCUGUCUGCUUUGGACGGGGCUUCUUCUUUUUGAAGUACACCUGAUGGAGGGAUAAUGACAGGGCUAGUGAAGCGGUAAUUGCCGUACAAACACACUGUUCCCUGGUAUGGUACAACCUGCAAAACACCACCGCAGAAAUCGAAUGAAGCAAAAGCGAGGUUGGGUGGGAAGAGGGACAAAUACUGAGGCCCUGCUGCAGAACCUGGGAGGGUUAGAGUUAAGCCCUUGUACCUAGGCAACUUCUGUGGGCACAGGGGCACUCUUGAAGUGCCCGCAACAUCUCAUUGUCCCUGCCAGGACCUCCUUCAGCACCCAUGAAAUAUGCCCUCAAAAAUACACAGCUCAUGAUUUGGCUCUCCCUUCUCUGUUCCUGUUUGCACCGGCGCUCAGCCUAUCAUGCGUUAAAUGUGCCCACAUUUCACCCAAUGCCAGGAUAGCACCAGCCCUUCCUUCCGUAGAGGUCAAAUAGCGUCUUUGUGAGUGAGCUUGGUGGUAGCCUCUUUUUCCCAUUGAUAGGAUGACUGCACCCUUUCGUCCUCUGGUCUGCUCCUUUGGGUGUGGUUCCCAUUUUAUACAAUGCCACACACUCUACAAUAGCCAUUUUGUCACUGGCACCCCCCACAAAUGUCACUCAAGUGUCCCACUCCUGUGCUGCAAAGAUGGGAGCCUGUGUUGUGUAGCUGGGCUAGGAUGGGUUAGGAAAGGGACCCAGGUUCAAAUCUCUACACGACUCUGAAGUUUACUGGGGAAACCUGGGCCAGAUAGUCUCUCAGCUUCACCGACCUUACUAAAAGUUGUUGUGAGGAUAACAUGGGGAUGUGGGGACCAUUUAUGUCACCUAAGAUUCUUGGAUCUCUUGGAUCCCCUCUCUGUUCUCUGUUCCUCUUCUAUGGAGCUACUUCUGUACUCCUCUCUUUGUAAUUAUUUAUUUUAUACAAACACAUUAUUCUUUUUUAAAAAGAAACACCCUAAAUCUGAAGAGGUAGUUUAAAUUACGGUAUGCAAAGGAAUUCAAACACAUGCGAACAUAUUUAAUUUCCAAGAUUCUGAACGCAAAGUUUAACAUUCCUUUGCAAAGAAUUUAAGCAAGCACCUAUGUGUUUGGGGUUUUGUUUGUAUUUUAAUAAUCUUACAAAAUACACAACAUAAAUAAAUUUAUUUAUAUGUCACUGAAUGCUCAAAUAGGCUCCUAAGCAGUUUACAAAUAUCCAUAAUUAAAAUGCACGAUCAGAUUAUUGCACAGGUAAAAUAACAAUUCAAAAAGGAGACUUGGGUGCAUUGCAAAAGAUAUACAACAGAUUAACGUUUUGGGUUUUUUUAAACCUAGUUUUUCUCUUCUGCCUUGAAAGGCCCUGGCAGGGAGAAGGUUGGGGGAAGAGGGGUGUUACUGGGUCACUUUGGAGGACAAAAAAAAAUGAGAGGUUAUUUCUUCCUCUUUAAUCUUUAGACUGGUGUUGGCCCAAAAAACCAAUUCAGAGGCGAUUGGCAAAAGCAAGAGUAGUCCCCCACAGUCUGUUGCUAAGGGAUUAAGUAGGAGGCCGGGGGGGGGGGGGGCACAAAAGAUCCUUAGCAAUAGCUGAAUAAUAAGGUUCAGCCUGAGGGACAUUUUGGUUAAUGCUUUGGGGAGGGGGAAAAAGAAAGGCUGCAUGCUAAUACCCAGCCCCAGAUUUAUUCUCCAGGCUGAAAACAAAGAGCAUUUUGUAAACAAUGAUGGGUUGUCUGCCUUUCGGGGUCAACUGCUUACCCCUUUCUCAUGCCCCAUGUCCCGGCUGGCUGCAUUCAAGUUGACUGAAAAUAGGGAUCAAUCUCUGGCAUCGUUCCUAGAACAUGAGUGUAGCCGAGUAUGGCCAUCUCGUCCUGUAAGAUCAGGCUGCUCAAAUUUAUCUCCCAUGAUGCACAGAAGUGUGAGGUGGCCAUUGCUGUCCUAGGCCCCAUUUGCAACAUACACUGAAAAUUCACACAAUGACACCACUUCAAUAGACAUUGCCACCACCCCACCCCCGGCCUGGCAAAGAAUCCUGGAAACUAGUUAGUUAAGGGUGCUGGCAUGUUAUGCCACACCAAUAAUACUGUCCGCGGAGGCCCCAAAUCGGGACAUCAAAUGUGUCUCAUUAGUUGCAGAGUGAAAGUGAGAUUCGCAAUAAAAAGAGGAGUAUUACCAGCAGUGAAAAUUCAUAGACCAAGCCUAUUAGUCUCCAACUUUGCCAGCUCAUUACCAGGCAGCAGUGAGGACAAGGGCUGCAAAUUCAUCGAUUUCAAGGUUUGCUCUGUGCUGGGUUCCUAAAGUGCGAACGUCCUACGCUGUACCCAGACAGGCCAAGAAUUACACAGAAAAGCAGAGGAGAAAAUGGCAUUGUCCACGCUCAUCUUUUCCCUUUCAUCAGGGUCCAUUAAAUGAAGCAAAGCUAGGGACUGCCUGCCUCUCGAAACAGCCACGUGAAUCCCAAGUCGAGUAACUUGUGGCACGGUCACAACCAAAGCAGCUGUCAUUUCCAGCGAACCCAACAGCCGCCUGCUUGAACUAAUCCCAUCUUCACGCUGCCAGCAUUCUUUGUGUCCUCGGCUCUCCUAGGCAAAGGUGAUGCGCUCCACCACUGGUUCCCUUCCAUCGACAAAAAGAGGCCUCUAAAACCCAGCUCAAGGGGUUAACCCAGGUUACACACACA